CGACGCUCCUUCCGAAGGACACUUUUCAGAGAGGAAAAAUAUCUACAUAUGCCACGCCUUGCUGGCCAACUCCCCCCGGUGACGGGGACCACAGGGCUGGCGCUGUUCAGACCUUUAACGGCGUGCUAUGCUGGGCCGGGCAGUAAACAUGUAGCUGGGAGCCUGGGGGUCCGCUCGUCCGAUUGCAUGCCUGCGAGAAUCGCUAACAACUUUCAUUUAAAGAGGCGCGGCGACAUGGACGGGAUCGGGAGCAGCAUGCAGAAGAAGGUUUCCGAAUUGGAGCGCAUGGCUGAAGUUCUCAUUACUGGGGAACAAUUGAGGCUCCGCCUCCAUGAAGGAAAGGUCAUCAAAGACCGGAGGCAUCACCUCAGAACCUAUCCCAACUGUUUCGUGGCCAAGGAGCUGAUCGAUUGGCUAAUAGAUCACAAGGAAGCCUCGGACCGUGAGACGGCCAUCAAGAUCAUGCAGAAGCUUCUGGAUCAAAGCAUCGUCCAUCACGUUUGCGACGAGCACAGAGAAUUCAAGGACAUUAAGCUCUUCUACCGUUUCCGGAAAGACGACGGGACCUUCCCCCUGGAUAACGAUGCGAAGGUUUUCCUGCGAGGACAAAGGCUCUACGAAAAGCUGAUGGGCAUGGAGCACAGCCCGCUGCAGAGCCGCGACGAGGACGGGGCCACCUUCGAGCGCUCGCUGGCAGGCUGCGACUUCGUAGACUGGCUGCUGCAGGAGGGCGAGGCGGCCAACAGGGCGGAGGCAGAACAACUGGGCCGCAGGUUACUGGAGCACGGGAUCAUCCAGCACGUGACGAGUAAGCAUCACUUCAUGGACGGGGGGCCUCUAUACCAGUUCAGGAUGAACUACCGGCGGCGACGCCGCCUGAUGGAGCUGCUGAACGGCCGGUGUCGCGCCAUCGCGGAGAGCCAGGACAGCCCCUUCUGCCUCCGCAAGCAGAACUCCGACGGGGGAAACACCAGCUUCCUCUCGGUGAGCCCCUCCAAAGAGAUCAGGGUGGUGUCGGCGGUACGGCGGAGCAGCCUGAGCAGCAGCUGCGGGAGUAGCGGGUACUACAGCAGCAGCCCCACCCUCAGCAGCAGCCCCCCCGUGCUGUGCAAUCCCAAGUCAGUGCUGAAGAGGAGAGUCAGCCCCGAGGAGCUGCAGACCCCCGGAGGCCCCUACAUAAAGAAGACAUUCACGAUUGUCGGUGACGCCGUGGGUUGGGGCUUUGUGGUCCGAGGCAGCAAGCCCUGCCACAUUCAGGCGGUCGACCCCAGUGGCCCAGCGGCAGCGGCAGGAAUGAAGGUCUGUCAGUUUGUCGUGUCAGUCAACGGGCUGAAUGUUCUCUCCCUGGACUACCGGACAGUCAGCAACCUCAUCCUGACCGGACCGCGCACCAUCGUCAUGGAGGUCAUGGAAGAUACGGAAUACUGAGCCCCCCCCCUCCCCGAGGGCAGGGCUGAGGGAAGAGUCCACAGACCGCCACGGUCAACAUCUGCUCACACCCCCGUCUUAGGUUUCACCACUUGAGGAACCAUCUCCCCCGAGUUCAGGGCGGUCAUCAGACUGGCGCCUCCCAGAGGGGGACGUAUGCAUAGCAGGCAGAGUGUUGGUCUGGCGUGACAUGUGUAUGCAGUGAUUGUGUAAAGUCAUGUGAUCUGCCUGUGAAACAGGGAACAUGACGAAAAAAAAACUGUUGUUGCUAAGGAACUAACCGAAAACCCAGAACUAAUUGUACGGUAUACCUACUGUAUAUUUAACAUUUUAGGGACACCUCUGUCAAAGUAGAGUAAGGGUUUCUUGAAGAAGCCCAUAACAUUAUUGGAUGUCAGAAAUGAAUAAUGCAAAGCCAAUGACGAUCGCACAGAAACGUGUAAGUGUGGCAGAGAUUAAGAUUAAGUUUAUUGAUCCCCUGGGGGAAAUUCUGGUUCAUGCAGCAGUAAAUACAUAGCAAGCAUGCAUAUAGUGCCAAACAGACAGGAUACAAAGAUAGUGCAAACAAAAUAAAGAGAGAUGUUUCCGGAAAGGUGUGGUGGUCGUCACUGUGCCGUUUCCAUCCGGUCUGUUCUGAAACAGGCACACUGGUAUGAUGGAGUCCGAUGCACCACAGACACGCCUUUCAGAUGCAGCUCAAAACGAGGCCCAGCGAGGCCCCAUGCUGAAGAUCCUAUCUCAGCGUGAAAUUAUAACCAUGUGACAAGACCAGUUCGGAAGCAAGGCUGUGAAAAGCCCAUUGUGUUUUCUGAGGGACCGAAGAGGGUGCAGUGGGAGGUAGGGGAGCAGUCUGAAGUGAAGGUACCAUUGUCAGUUGUCAUGGACCCCUCUGGUCUCGUGUAAUGUUAGCUGUCAAGGCAGGAAGAUGACUGGCAGUGCGAAUCUGCAAACGCUGCGAGGCUGAAUGCGACUCGCAAAGAGGGAUUUUAACCUUUGCAAGUAACGCAACGAAAUUCGCUAGAUGCUUAUAGCGCCCUCUCCUGUUCACGCCAGAACCAUCUUCUCGCUUAUAUUUUAGAGCGUAUCUUAUUGCUGAAAUUUGGUAGAGCAGGUAGUGCGUUAAUACUUUUUUAUGUUUCGCGUUGGUAAUAGUUACCAUAAAAUUACAGGACGAAAUGUUAAAGGCGAAUCAGUUACUCAGCGUGAUUAAUGUGUAUUGUAUGUAUUUUGUUGGGGAAAAAAAGCGUCUAAGUACUUUGCUAGAAAUGUACUUAGUUCCAGCAUGGAUGCGUAUUAUACAUUCAAAUAUUACUAAAUGUGAAGAGUACGAGUGAUAUUUGUAUAUAUCAAUGCUUAUGUGUAUGUACUGUGUAAACGUUACUGACACCAAGCACUUAUAAAUUUAACAUUCAGUGAUUUUCAAAAUCCUGAGUUUUUUUCCACCCGCGCACAAUACUGUACUGUAAUUAAUGAUACAGCGACUUCUUAGCCUGGCCUUAUAGGGAAGGUUUCUACACUAUGAUUACAGUUACAAAUGUUCAUUUUAGGUAUGCACGCCUUCAUUUAAGCAGUCAUUUAAUAAAUAUUUACCCUGCCAAAAAAUAAAAAGAAUAAAGCUUUGCUACAUAGAUCGAUAUCGUGUCAGUAGGUAGCAGUAGUAACGAAGAGAACUAAUGCUUUUAACCCUGAGUUUCAUGUCCAACAUCGCUGCAGAACAUCAUAGCAGUAAUUAGUAAUAUCAUUAGCAAUUCCAUUGGUAACUGUAGUAAUACCAUCGCUAGUAGCUGAUAGUACUGGCCUUUUUUAAGAUUUACGUAACAGUUCAAAAUGGGUUAGGGUGACAUUUUGUUUGACAUGAUUAACGUGUAAAUUAAAUUUUUAGACGUAUGAGUUUUUAUACCUGGUCUCUCUUUUUUUUUUACACGGCUGCUGAAUACAAUGUCUGUUUGGAUACAAGGUGGUACACAAACGUAGCACUUUUGUCCACCCUUUUACAAUAAACUGCUCUAAAUGUGGAAUCAGAGUACUGCUCGUUUUGACAAGGAGGCGUCUCAGCCUUGGCAUUGUUCUGGGUACGGAAGCAGGAAUCGCCGGUGUUUCGUUAAUGACCGCUGUCCAUCAUAUCGUGAUCAUAUCGAAUAUUCAUUUACAGCGCAGGUGAAGCAAGUGACAAAGCAGCACGGAUGACAAUCUGAUGCCCUUAAUAUUUGUAUACAGGGGAUAAAUUCCUUUGAAUGGUCACAACAGGUUGCCUUGGCAUGAAUAUCAAUGCAUGCAUUUGUAUAACUAAAUGAUAUAAACGUUUUUCUCGAUAUGUCUAAAUUUAAUCUGAUAUUGUACUUCACUGAUCUUUCUGGGAUGCAGUAUAUUACGAUGUUUGGAUCUCACUGACUCACUGUACUGUAUUCAGAUAUGAAGUCAUUCAUGUUUCGAGUUAAUUGUUAGGUGUUAAAUAUGGUAAUGAUUCAUAACUGCUCAUUAUUGCUCUUGCAAAUAAAUUCAGCAUUUAAAUUUC